AUGGAGAAUUAUCCGUUUCCUCUGAGUAGCAGUACUGAUACAUGGCUGAACCCCAGCUCCACUUCCUGGAUGAUGGAUAUCAUCCUGGGCAUCCUGUGUGGACUGGGGCUCUUCCUCCUGUUACUUCCUUGCCUCUGGAGUCAUCUAUCCUCACCACCAACUCAGCAGAAAAGAAACAUCAGGAAGCUUAUCUGGAGAGAGGUAGAGGUGAGUGAGGACUGGUCCCAGCCCCUCAAUCUUUCCUGUCUCUCAGCAUCCAGUGGAGAAGAGGAGGCGGCCCAGGAGCAGGAAGAAGAGCGGCCCUCUAAAAGCCACCUGGAAAAGGUCCGUGACAAAAGGGGCUUUUAUCAGCUCUCAUGUCCAGAUCCCCCAGGGAAAGUGUGUAAACGAGCACCUGCCAGAGCCCACCAGCCAGCUGGGGAGUGUGUGGAAGAUGCUUCUCCUGCCACCUUGUCCCCAUUGGCUUCCCCGGCUCCCCUGGCCGAGAGGCCUCCACUUCUGGCCUCCACCCUCAAAUCCCAGAAAGAGCCUCUUUUCCACCAUCCACCAGAGGCUUGGUUCUGGGAAGACCCCGCACACAGGCAGAUAGAGGGUGGUGGCUCUGCUUUCCUCAACCCUGAUGUCCGGAAGCUCUUGGAAAUACUGAUUACCAAGAGAGCAGGACUGAAGCUGUGGAAAGAUAAAGAAAAGAAGCGGUCAUUUCUGAAACAAAUGAGCCCCGAUUACCCCCAGGGUUCUCUGGGGAAUAUGGCAAAUUCACCGAGCUGGGAGUGGGACACCACAACUCCACACCACUUCUGGAAUGUGAAAGACAAACCAGAGCAGCUGCAGGGUCCUCAGCGGAUCUCCCAUCCCAAGGCCGUGGUGGACCACUUACAGCAGAAAUGCGGCCAGCUCUUCUGGGGCCUCCCCUCUCUGCACAGCGAGUCCCUGGUAGCUGCUGCCUGGAUCUCUAGGAAGUCUUCUUCAAAACCAACACAUCUCUCUGUUUCAUUCAAUGAAGUCCCUGACUUUUUUCCAGCUGAAAAUUGGAGUGAAGAACCUUCACAGCCUCCUCAGAGUAAAGGGGACCCUACAGGAAGCUGUAAAACAACUUGUCCUACGUCCCAGGAGAAGGCACAAUUCCUCAUCCCAACUGAAAGUGAGCAUCUGGAGUGGCCCUUGCAGAAGCGACUGAGAUGGAAGAAGAUGUUAUCCUCUCUGCUCAAAAACUCUCGUGCAGCCCAGAGCCAACCCACUCCCAAACUUCCCCAGGACAGCCAGGACUCCCAGAGCCACAAGUCUGCCUCUGUUCUUCUCGGAGAUUUGAUCAGCCCUGAGCACCAGGAGCAGCACAAGCAACAUAUUCAAAGGAGUUUCAUCCCCGAUAAAGACCAGUUAGGACCUCCCUGCAGAUCCCACGUACCCAGGGAACUGAUGCAACCUCAAGGUGAAUUUCCAGGGAAGGGUCAGCCUGGGGCAGAAGACAAGCAUGGGGCAUUUGCAGGUGAAAGGAGCAAGGAUGAACAGAAGAUGGGAUCCAGGCACUCUGAAAGAUUCUCUCAGGAGGGUUCCAUAAGUGUCAAAGAAGACAAGGACCCAAGCAGGAACCUAGGGCAAGAUCUGAAGAGGGUCCCGGAAGAUCCAUACAUAGAUUCAAGAAAUACCUUGGUGAAAAUUCUGGAGGAUAAGGAGGAGGAGGAGUCAGAUACUGACUGGAUUAGGCUCCAGAGGUAUAAAUCAGGAAAUUACCUACCCGGGGGCCCAGAGAAGCAGCAGGUUGAAAAAACCCUGAAUUUCCAACUGGACCAGAAGUUGGGGGAGAUCAACGAAGGCAUGGUCCCUGUGCGUGCACAUCAGUCCAUGAUCAAUGCUAGCCAUGCUGGUCUCAAGUCUGACACCCACCAUAAGCCCAGAAAUCUAGCAUCCUUAAGGGGUCAGAAAUGCCAUGUGAACACCUCCCAGGAGCUUUUUUUCCUUGAUCCCUGCACUCAACAGAUGCUAGAAGCACAUAUUAUAAGGUUUCGUGUGAGGCAUAGGUGGGGUUCAAACCUCCAGUCCCUGGAGCCCAUAAAUCUCGAGGGUCAAUCCCCACCCUUUCCACUGUCCAGCCUUCCCUCCUGGGCCACUGGUGAAUUUGGGGAUGACGCCAUACCUGAGGUUGCCAAUUUCCUGGGAGAACAUCCUUGGAAAGGUCUAGGAGAGAAGGUGAUAACAAAAAAGUCAGUCCUCACCCUGACUGGUUUUCUCUCUGCCCCCUCACCUGUGAGUGAGGAAGUCCAGAGGGACCUGAGAGGUGACCAGUCAGGUGACAACCAUGAGCACUCAGAGGCCUCCUCCACUGGACAGGAGGGCAGGUGGCCUUCUCAGCCCCUCACAUGCAGCCUGGUAAACAGGACCUGGGAGAGUAGUACUGUCCUGGGGGCCAGGAGAGGCAGCCCAGAGCCAAGUCCAAGUCCAGCAAUGGCCAGGCAUGAUCUACAGGAGGAGAAGGAGAGCAUGGCCUCAGGAGUCCCCUGCAGUAGCAUAGCAAUGCCGGGGCUCAGCAUAGGGUCCCAAUCUUCAAGGGCCGAGAAGCCCAUGGAGCCAGCAGAGGGCAAGGAGGAAAAGCCCCCUGCUUGGGACGUCAUCCUGGGAGCCAGUGUGAUGGCGGACUCCCAAACCAUUAACGUGAAUCUGGGUUCAGGGUCUCUGGGGACCAGUAAAAGCUCCUCAUUCUCUAGAAUUUCUGGUACCCAGGAUCCAGGAGAGCCAUGCCUGAAAACAAAGGUUGUGAAUAAGUUUUCAUUCAAAGUGGAGGUAGAAUCAGAGGACCAGCUUCAAGGCCCUGCCACUGGUGUCCUCCUCCAAGACUGUGCCACUGGCCUGCAUUUUCGAGGCCGUCACACGGACAUACUCCCCACAGCAGACAUGUUGGUUUCUCAGGAGCCUCAGUCCAAUUCCCAGGCCCCUCUGUCCGGUACCCAGAGUGUGCCCAGUAAGGACGCAUCAACUUCUCAGGGGCUACGUGACCCCACUUGGCAUGGAGGAAGCAGCCAGGGGCAGCAGGAGCCCAGGAGCCCAAAAGUGAGGGCCUCCUGGAAGACUCAGAGCAAUAUGUUUGGCCCUAAUGACGAGAGAGAGAGCUGUAGGAGGCCCAAACCAAGCAAGCAUGAACCAAGGUCUGCAGGACCAAGGCCCUUCCAAUCCAGUGGGAUGAGUCAUCCUGCUCAGGUCAGGGAAAGAGAAACCUUUGGGAACAAAUACUCUCAGUUACCACAAGAGAAGGGACAGGCACCUCCAGAAAGCUACUUCAGAAAAAGGAUCAAUCGUUUUCUGCAGCAUCUCAAGCCCAAUAAGAAGGGCAAAGAGCAGGGAGAUCCCCUGCAGAAAAAAGGCAAGCCUGCGUCAGCCACUGCCCAGAGCCCAGGGCAAGCCAUGAGGUCAUCUAUGAGCAGCAGAGCUGCUGAAAUCCGGGCAGUCGUUGCAUUUGUCAGACAGAUUUUAGUGGAUAAAUUGGGGCUACGGCAAGGACAUGGUCCUCCGGAGUUCAAUUUCCGAAAAGAGGCCCCAGUGGAUGGGCGUUCCUGCUAUCCCAAAGGUCCCUACCACCCAGGGCAAAGGAGAGCGAUGAGAGAUAUAGCCUCCAGUCACGCCACCCCCAUGGGCCACUGCUAUCUUGUCAAGAACAAGUGGGAUCCUGACCAGCCACCCAGUGACAGGUUCUUCUCCAUGGCUCUGACAGCACUUGGCAAACCGGCAGCACAGGAGAGAAUCUGA